ACAUUUGGAUUUUCAACUUUGCGUUGUCUAAAAGGAAAGCAUUUAUAUGCAUAAUCCAACUAUUAUAUAAUGAAGAGCCAAAUGAGUGUGAUACUGCAUAUUUUCCAUGUGAAUCAAUUUUCAGCUUAAAAAACAAAGACAAAGUUUUGCAAUAGAAAUGGAAUCUGCAGAAUCAAGUCCACUGUCUGUUGUCACUGACUCCGAUAAUAGAUCAAAUGCUGAAGAAUUUAACUACAAGUACUACCAACCCUUGCACAUAGCAAUACUAAAAGGCGAUUGGAAAUCUACAAAGGCAUUCCUUGAUAACGAUCCAAGCACACUGACAGCAAAGAUUACGAUGCUUGGCGAGACUGCACUUCAUGUUGCAGCUUUAGGAGCUCAGUGGAAACUUGUUGAGAAAUUGGUGCAACUUAUGCCUGCAAAUAUGCUUACAGAAUUGGAUUCGAAGGGUUUUACUUGUCUUCACUAUGUGGCGGUGGGCAAAAGCGUAGAUACUGCCAAGGCAUUGGUGGCUAAAAAUUCUUCUGUCACACAAGUUACUUCUUUACCAGGAUUCACACCACUCUACCUUUGUAUCGCUGCUGCAAUAUCUAAAGAGAUGGUUUGGUAUCUUGUUUUGAAUACUACAGAACCUGCUUGUUGUCCAUUCAAUCAUAUGGAAGUUUUUGCUAUGGUUUCUGUCGGAUUUCACGAUAUCGCCAUGUACAUACUGCAGCGUUACCCUAACUUGGCCACUCCUUCUGAUGAUGCUGGAAGUACUAUACUUCAUGUUCUGUCACAAUAUCCAUCACAUUUUCAAAGUGGGCACAAUUUUGGGUUUUGGAAAAGAUGCAUUUACCGCUGUGUUCCUGUGGAACUUGAAUAUGGAAAUACAAUAUGGAAUGCACUUGAAUUUGUUCCUAGCAUAAAGCUGGUUAGAGAUGCAAAGUUGAGACAUGUAUCUGCGGUGAGAUUGGUUGAAUUUGUUUGCUCACAAGCUUUAACCAAGAAUGACUGUCGAUUCUGGCAAUCUGGUAGAAUUGUAAACGUGAUUUUCGAUGCAACAUCAUCUGGCAUAGUUGAAAUUUUAAGGAUUUGUUUUCGGUUUUUUCCUGAUAUGGUUUGGAAUCACAUGCCAAAUGGAGGGUAUGUGACUCAAAUUGCCAUCGAGAAUAGGCAAGAAAAAGUUUUCAGUUUUCUAUGCAAGAUGCCAACAAUCAGCAUCAUGCAAGUUAUGCAAAUCAUGUCAUCAACUACAACAUUUCAGCAUAAAGAUUCCGAUUACCCCCCUACAUCACAUUUGGCAGCAAGGUUUGCUUCUCAAGUUGAGUCAAUUCCAGGUGCAGCAUUUCAAAUGCAAAGAGAAUUACAGUGGUUUAAGGAAGUAGAAAAAUUGGAUAAUCCCCGCAUUAAAAAUUAUAAGGAUCGAGAUGGCAAAACACCUUGGCAAGUGUUUAAGGACAAUCAUAAGGCAUUGCUUGAAGAAGGGAAGAUUUGGAUGAAGGAUACAUCAAACUCUUGUAUGUUAGUGGCCACUCUUAUUGCAACGAUCGCCUUUGCGGCUGCAAUAACCGUACCUGGAGGAAACAACCAGGACAAAGGAAUACCAAUAUUUUUGUCAGAUAACACAUUCAUGGUAUUUGUUGUGUCAGAUGCACUAGCCUUGUUUUCAUCAAUGACUUCUUUGUUGAUGUUUUUAGGGAUCCUAAAUGCACGCUUUGCCGAAGAAGAUUUUCUCGUGGCAUUACCUCAGAAAUUAAUAAUAGGUUUGACUUUUUUGUUCUUGGCAAUAGUGACUACAAUGGUAGCAUAUGGUGCAGCUCUAUCUAUGUUGGUACAGGACAGACUGAAAUGGGCUCCAAUUCCUAUUGUUCUUUUGGCUUGUGUUCCAAUUGCUCUAUUUGCAAUACUUCAACUUCCUUUAUUGGUAGAAAUGAUCAUAUCAACAUAUGGAUCUCGAUUCUCAUAUGAAUAAAUGAAGGUUGAUAUUGAUUAUGAUAAGAUUUGCUAAUGUCUUUUAGGAUCAUGAUAUGAUUACAUGAUAGGAUUCAUACUCAAAUUGAUAUCAGAAUUUGGUUCUGACUCAUUUGAGUUACAGUUGUCAAUGUAAACAUAAAAACUACAUUUGAUAUAGAUAUAAUAUAUGCUUUGCUUGCUACAUGUCAGAAUCAUAUACUUGUAAUAUGGAUAAAACUGAGAAUCAGUUAGACCAAGCUACUUAAUGUCAUGUGAGCCUACUCUCAUUUGAAAUUUGACAAUCUACUUAAAAAGUUUUUCUGCAUUA